CUUCUGGGGUGCCUGCAGAUUGCCACUCCUCGCACUGCCCAGCAGAGGCUGGAGCACUGUGCGUGGGGCCACACGGGGGAGGGGGAGGUGGGCGCUGGGCUGCCUGGCACUGGGCAGAGAACAUAUGGCGCCAGCGGAGUGCCUCGGGUGGGGAGGAUGGGUGCGUGUGCUUGAAGCCUGGGUCAUGUCUGCACCUGUCCCAGUUGCCUGGCAGAUUGGCAAGGCAGGCUGGCAGAGCCUGCGUGCGUAGGAGGCAGCCGGCAGCAGCGCCAUGUGCUAACGACCUCACAGCCAGACUCCCCCUGGUUAGUGCUGAGUGUCAGAACCACCCCCAGAACCUCAGUUAAGCAAAUAGGUUGGUUUCCAUGGAGACAUGGCAUAUUUUCUCCAUGGCAACCUAAAAUCCUAAAACCCAUGUUCAGGAAUGAGUCAUCUAUGGACAGUAGAGGGUGCUCUCCCACAAGGCUGACCUGAGGCCAGGGGCAGAUGAGCAACUGACCACAGACCCAGAGGUGCCCCCAGAGUGUGGCUGGGCCCUGCAGGGACUGAGUCGGCCGUUUAACCACUUCCCGCCCACCUGUGCAAUUUGAGGAGCUGGUGAGGCUGCAGGAGGCCCUGUGUGGAGGUGGCACCCCCCAGCUGGGGCCCUCAGAGCAGGGCUAGCACGGAGGGGAUCCCUGACCCCCGAAGCAGGGUCCAGAACAGAGGAGGCAGGCACUGGCCAGGCGGGGUGGACACACAAGAGUUAACAGGCGGGUGUGACAGGCGGACCGCCCUCAGGAAGUGUUACUCACUGGGGAUGUGCGUGCCUUGCCUUGGGGUUGGAUUCUCUUCCUGAAGCUGAAGGAGCUCCCAGCCAUGGAAAGCCCUGGAGAGUCAGGCACGGGCCCUCCGGGAGCCCCCAGCCCAUCCAGCUUCACUCCUGGGCACCUGGAGACAGAAAAGCCAGCCCAAGACCCACUGUAUGACGUGCCCAAUGCCAGCGGCGGGCAGGCAGGCGGGCCACAGCGGCCGGGACGCGUUGUGAGCCUGCGGGAGCGCCUGCUGCUCACCCGGCCUGUGUGGCUGCAGCUGCAAGCCAACGCAGCCGCGGCACUGCACGUGCUGAGGACCGAGCCCCCGGGGACGUUCCUCGUGCGGAAAUCUAACACCCGACAGUGCCAGGCCCUGUGCAUGCGAUUGCCCGAAGCCAGCGGCCCCUCCUUCGUCUCCAGCCACUACAUCCUGGAGAGCCCUGGCGGCGUCUCCUUGGAGGGCUCGGAGCUCAUGUUCCCAGACCUAGUCCAGCUCAUCUGUGCCUACUGCCACACCCGGGACAUCCUUCUCCUCCCGCUGCAGCUCCCCAGAGCCAUCCACCGUGCAGCCACCCACAAAGAGCUGGAGGCCAUCUCCCAUCUGGGCAUUGGUAAGAGCUCCUUGCCACCCAUUGCACAGAUGAAAAAGCUGAGGCUGAGGGGAGGGGAAGGCUCGCAGCACACGGCCUUCGCGAAGCCCAUGCCUUUCCUUGCUUGGGAAACUUCCCCUAACCAAUCCUGGAGGCCCCAGUUGGUUUCUUGUUCCCUAGAGUUCUGGAGCUCCUCCCUCAACAUCAAGGCUCAGCGGGGCCUGGCUGGAGGCCCAGUGUUGCCCCAGCUGAAGGCCCGGUCCCCUCAAGAGCUGGACCAGGGCACCGGAGCCGCCUUGUGCUUCUUCAACCCCCUGUUCCCGGGGGACCUGGGGCCCACCAAGCGGGAGAAAUUCAAGAGAAGCUUCAAAGUGCGCGUGUCCACAGAGACUUCCAGCCCCCUAUCUCCACCUGCCGUGCCGCCUCCCCCCGUCCCUGUGUUGCCAGGGGCAGUCCCCAGCCAGACAGAGCGGCUGCCCCCUUGCCAGUUGCUGCGGAGGGAGAGUUCAGCGGGGUACCGCGUGCCAGCAGGCGGUGACCCUAGCCUUCCGCCUAUGCCCUCCCUCCAGGAGGUGGACUGCGGCUCCCCCAGCAGCUCCGAGGAGGAGGGGGCGCCAGGGUCCCGGGGGAGCCCAGCGACCUCACCCCACCUGGGCCGCCGGCGGCCUCUGCUUCGGUCCAUGAGUGCCGCCUUCUGCUCCCUACUGGCGCCGGAGCGGCAGGUGGGCCGGGCCGCAGCGGCACUGAUGCAGGACCGACACACAGCCGCAGGCCAGCUGGUGCAGGACCUACUGACCCAGGUGCGGGCCGGGCCUGAGCCCCAGGAGCUGCAGGGCAUCCGUCAGGCACUGAGCCGGGCCCGGGCCAUGCUGAGCGUGGAGCUGGGCCCUGAGAAGCUGCUGCCGCCUAAAAGGCUGGAACAUGUCCUGGAGAAGUCAUUGCAUCGCUCUGUGCUCAAGCCUCUCCGGCCCAUCCUGGCAGCCCGCGUGCGGCGCCGGCUUGCCGCAGACGGCUCCCUGGGCCGCCUAGCUGAGGGCCUCCGCCUGGCCCGGGCCCAGGGUCCCGGAGCUUUUGGGUCCCACCUGAGCCUGCCCUCCCCAGUAGAGAUGGAGCAGGUGCGCCAGAAGUUGCUGCAGCUGCUCCGCACCUACUCACCCAGCGCCCAGGUGAAGCGGCUCCUGCAGGCCUGCAAGCUGCUCUACAUGGCCCUGAGGACCCAGGAGGGGGAGGACGCGGGUGCUGACGAGUUCCUGCCUCUGCUGAGCCUCGUCUUGGCCCACUGUGACCUUCCUGAGCUGCUGCUGGAGGCCGAGUACAUGUCAGAGCUGCUGGAGCCCAGCCUGCUCACCGGAGAGGGUGGCUACUACCUGACCAGCCUGUCUGCCAGCCUGGCCCUGCUGAGUGGCCUGGGUCAGGCCCACACCCUCCCACUGAGUCCCUCGCAGGAGCUACGGCGCUCCCUCAGCCUCUGGGAGCAGCGCCGCCUGCCUGCCACCCACUGCUUCCAGCACCUCCUCCGAGUAGCCUAUCAGGAUCCCAGCAGUGGCUGCACCUCCAAGACCCUGGCCGUGCCCCCAGAGGCCUCGAUCGCCACCCUGAACCAGCUCUGUGCCACCAAGUUCCGAGUGACGCAGCCCAACACUUUUGGCCUCUUCCUGUACAAGGACCAGGGCUACCACCGCCUGCCCCCUGGAGCCCUGGCCCACAGGCUGCCCACCACUGGCUACCUUGUCUACCGCCGGGCAGAGUGGCCUGAGACCCAGGAGGCUGCAACAGAGGAGGAGGGCAGAGGGCAGUCUGAGGCAAGGAGCAGAGGGGAGGAGCAAGGGUGCCAGGGACAUGAGGACGCUGGGGUCAAAGCCAGCCCCAGGGACACUCGGGAAGAGUCUGAGACAACUGCUGAAGGGGGCCAGGGUCGAGCCCGUGAAGGCCCUGCUCAGCCAGGGGAGCCAGAGGCAGAGGGAAGCCGGGCAGCAGAGGAGUAGCUUGAAGUGGCCAGAAGGGUCGUUUGGGGCGGGAGACCUUGCGCCUGCUGAGAAGUCCUUUUAGCGCCAGCAGCCCCACCCAGGGCCCUGUCCAGUGUCUGCCACCACCUUUGUCUGAUACUUGUCUCCAGGGAAGCUGAGGGAACUGCCACAUCUGAGGAACUGGAAUAAAGAUGAGGGGGCUCGGGGGACCCCCAGACUGUGUGCCCAA